AUGUCCAUUGUAUCUCUUCCCGUGGAAUUGAUCUCAAAGAUAUCGAACCAUCUAGACCUCCAGCAAUGGUUCGCUCUGAGGUUAUCAUGCCGCGCGUUGUACGAAAGCUCACUCGAGAAUUUCGCUGAGACCUAUUACAAAAAAAUCCGUUUCAUUGUGACAAGCGAAAGUCUCCACGAAUUGGAAGAACUAUCCAAGUCAAAUGGUCUCCGCGCGCAAGUCCAAGAGCUAUGGAUGAUACCAACUGUGUUCGGGGGCACUGAAAGGUCCAUGGGCAUGGUAUCUAUAUCAUCAAAAAGCUGCCGACAAGUGAAAGGCGACGAGCUGGAGACCCGAAAUGCUGUCCAUAAAGCCAUGAUCACAGAUAAUUCCAACCUGCUGGAAUCGGAAACGUUCAGUCCCACAAUUGCCCUCACAGAAGAGCAAUAUGACUCACUACUGUCUGCUUUAAAAAGCCUAGAUGAGCUUCAUUUGUGUAUUGAUCUCUAUGAGCCCGCUUGGCUGAAACUAUUCACGAAUGUCGCACCUCAACUAAAAAGACUCACUUUGUCGCAAGGUCAUAUGCCUGCCUAUCUUGCGCAAGACGAUAUACCUGCCUAUCCUGCAAAAAGCUACGUUGGGAAUAUGUUCCAGAAAGUCAACUUCAUUCGACUUCGAGAACUUCACAUUCAUGAGCUAGACAUCUAUUUUAACUCUUUAAAAUCGCUGUUGAUUGGUGUAAAGAAAAGUCUGGCCAUUCUUACACUUGAGAAAGUGACAAUACGCAGCGAGAAGUUGAAAGCUGCAGAUGAUUCAAGUUCGCAAUAUAGCGAAUAUUCCGGCCACCAAGAAAACGAGAGCUCUAUUCCGUUGAUGCCUACCUACAUACCUGACGACAUUAGGAGAACUUCCAUGUCACCCUCGUUGUUCCAACCGAUGCCAGCCGCGAUAGACCCCGUUUCAUCCCCGUUUCAACCCACUUCACCAGUGUUUCAUCCAACAUCCCCAUCGUUUAUACCAACAUUCCCAUCGUUUCAACCAACAUUGCCGUCAUUUCAACCAACAUUGCCAUCAUACACACCAUAUCUGUCAGCAUCUGAAACAGCACCAGCAGAAAGUGCACCCACAUCCCCACAGUAUUCCUCGAGCUCCGAAUCCUCCGAGCCAAUGUCGGAAGAAUAUCUAAACGCAAACUGGUCAUCCAUCUAUCACCCACACAUUCCGCACUUUUACACUCAAACCGAAAUGCGACCAGUGGGCCCACCAGGAAUGAUUCGACGCGUUCAACCGACCACGACUUGUGUGUCUAGCCUUUUGGGCCUUUUCCAAAACGAGCUAUCUCUAGAAAAACUGACAUUGGAAGAGAUUGUUUGUGACGAGACCUAUUAUUACUUUAAGAAAGUCAACGAGAUCAGACCGACUUUCUAUGUGGAAUUUGACAUUCGGAGCGGUGAUAUCUCGUUCAAUGAAUGGAUUUCCCACUUAAAACCAGUGACUUCCGAGCCGGACUUUAAAUGGAAAAAUGGUUCGACAAAAUGA